AUGGAGCUGAUGACCUCCAUGAUGCAGAAGAUUGCUUUGCUGGAACAGAAAGUCAAGAGCCAAGCCCUUGCCAUUCAGCACAAGGACAAGAAGAUCAAAGCGCUUGAGGAGCAGAUGAAAAUCUUUCAGAAAGGCAAUGAGGAAUCUUCCAGGUUGAGCAGAACGGAGGAGCUGGAAGUGAUCUGCCUUCAGCUGCAGCAGCAGAUCUGGGAAAUGGAGCGGUUUCUGAAUGACUAUGGACUGAUCUGGGUGGGUGAGCUAAAUGAAUCCGCAGAAGAUAUGGAGUCAAUGGACGGAGAAGGGAGUCGGACAUCAAGGGGUCUCUGGAAGCCAGGUGAUGCUGUUGUUUCAGAAUCUUCAAUAAAUUUUGAUACCCUCUUUGAGAACCUGAAAGAUUUGAAUGUGCUGGCUGGGGAGGGUGUGUCCCAAAUCGAGCAUGUGGCAGGAGGUGCUCGGUUGAGGCAGCCGGACCCAGUCCCCCUCACCUUCUAUCAGAAUGGGAUCGUCAUGUUCAACGGUCCCUUCCGAUCAUAUGAGGAACCUUCCACGCAGCAAUGCUUGCAAGAUCUCAUGGACGGCUAUUUCCCUUCUGAGCUGCAGAGGCGUUACCCAGAUGGCGUUCCAUUUCAGGUCACCGACAAGAGAGAGGUCUUCUUUCGGGAGAGGCAGCUGGCAGAGAGUUUUCCAGGCCAGGGCUUGGUCGUUGGAAAUCCCAAACCAAGUGGGAUGAAGGAAACAACUGAGAUUCCAGGUCCCAAGCUCACUGUGCAGCAGUUUAUGAACAGACUUCCAAGGUCACUGAUCCGAGAUGGGCAAGUGAUUGAUAUUCGAAGAGACAUUGGAGAAACCCUGCAGGGCUCUAGCAGGACGCAGAAGCAUGAAGUGAUUCUAGUGGAGACACCCAGCCUCAUGGCAAUGAAGAAGAGGUUAGAAGGGGACAUUCAAGAGAAGACUCCUGAUCUUAACAUCUCAACUCUUCGAAUAAAGUCUGAGAAUGGGGAGAAGACAUAUAUCAUCAGAAUGCCAUUCACAGAGACCAUUGGAGACCUGCGGCAGCACCUUGCCCAGAGCAGGGGAGGAGAGCUGGAGUCAUAUGAGAUCCUCAGCAUUUUCCCCCGGCAGGUGUACAACAACAAUGCUAUGACCCUGGAAGAGUGUGGGUUGGUCCCCAAUGGCUCCCUUCUUCUGAGGAGAAAGGUCUCUCCAACAAAAUUGCCAGGACAGCAGCUGUAACAGUUUACAGCGGAUGAUUCAUCAGGCUUGGCUGCCGUUCAUUUCCCAAGGAAGUAAUGUCCUUCAUUCUCCUUCCCUGGUUAGCCUCCCCUCUUGGCAAGAAGACUGUUACUUAUGAUCAGUAGGAGCCAUGAUAGGACUGUUGUCUAUGUUACCUAAGUGUCAACUUUACUUUAUGGAGAAAUGUAGGAGUGCACAGAUAACUUUGUUCCCUUGCAUUACUGUACACCCUACCCCAAUCAGGCAAGUAUUGCCUUUUCCUGUUCUGGCCAGCUGGAGGGUGACCUAGAACUAGAUAUAAGCCACAGAGACCCUAAGUGGUACACUUGGCUGCUUUCCACAUUGUUGCUGAGACUCUAAGCCCGCUGUCUUAUUGGGACCUAUGCAGUGUAGGGCUCCCAAGGUUGUGUGCUGCAGGAUAGCAUCCCCGAGAACACGGUGGCCUAUCCUGGGGGGUGGAAGGACACGCUAAGUCAAUCAGGUAGGGUACAGAUACUAUUUCAUGCCCUAUAAUGGGAAGGUAAAGCAGAAGAGGACCUGGAAGCCUCACCAUCCAACUGCUCUUCUUGGGAGUGAUGUGCUGGGAAGGGCAAGCUGGACAUCCAGAACAGAAACUCUUCCCCUCUUUCAAGAACGGUACCUAGCUUCUGGGCCAAGCCCACCUAUUUUGCUCAGCCGAAGGCUGUGACUGAGUUCAACCCCGCAGAUUUGACAGAGUACUGAAUUGCUCUCUUCCUACAACAUGGACAAAGCACUAGGUCAUCCAAUUCUACCUCCAUCCCCGCCAGGUAGAUGUUGUUCACUUAACAUUCAUCUGACCCCCAUGGUAAGCUGGCUGCCUCUUUCAGGGCCAGGAUAAAGUUUAAACCAUUUUUUUUUUUUUUUGCAGGGCUAGUCGUA